AACAACUUUGCAAUUUUUAUUUUUAUUUAUAUAAAACCCAUUUGUUUCUAUUCAAAAAUAAAUCUUAAAAUUGUACAAAAUAAUUAUUGAAUUCUUGUAUCCUUUUCAUCCGAAAUAAUAUCAUUUAUAAUGUUUGUGGAAUUGUUUAAAAUGUGUUUUAAAAGAAGUGGAAAAACAAUCAAAACAUUCGACCUGAAUGACAUUUCUCUAGAUAUCUUCUAGCUAAAGCUACCAACAAGGCAGCAAUCAGUAGCAACUAGCGACCAACAACCUAACGCCAGUCAAGUAAUAGGUUAAUUUUGUUAUUGCUUCUCCGUUUCGCUUUAGAGUAUCUGAUCCGCUCCGCCUGUUAAACGCGUAAACGAGUAUAACAUCUAGUAGACUACAUCUCUUCAAAACAACUCACUCCAACCUCAUAAGUUCAUAACAUUAGAAUUUAUUAAUCAUCUUAUAAAUGAACAACAAAUUCCAUAACUCCAUGCUCAGCUGUUUAUCCGCCGUGGCGUUUCGUUUGUCAUCGUUGUCGCUGUCGUUUUCAUCGCCGCCGCCGUCGUACAAAUCGAAGCCAACCACUUCAUCGUUAUCUUCGCAGUCUUAUGGUACAACGACGACGACAACGACGGUGUCAGCAGAAUCGAGGACGUUCCUUUUCGUAUUGUAGUCAAUUCGACGGACGACGACGGACAACAAUCACGACGUAAUUUUUGUGUGUAGCUUUUUAUUUCUCAAAUAUAUUUCGAGAGAGAUAUUCAUUUUUAUAAAACUACCCCAUCGAGUUGGUCAACAACUCUGGAAAACAAGUGUAGCGAGGUUAGAGCUAGAGGCCUAGCAGAAGUAGAAGCAGAAGCAGACGACGACGGGCAACAAGUGUAAUAAAAUUAAUUAAAAGAAAUCUUCCGAGAAAAAAACGUGCGUUUUGGAAAUAAAAGUCAUCUACAAAUCCAUAAAGUGUUUGUUUAAUUAUUGAGAUUUUUCUAUGCAAAAAUAGAUUAAUCAAGUUUUUCUUGUUACAAAAUAAAAUUAAAAGAAAAAGAAUUAAGAAAAAAAAAUGUAGUGCGCCCUAAAAAUAACAAAAUGUGCAAAAAUAAUAAAUAAUCGAUUUGUCUGCUCGAGUGGUGUGAAAAUAAAAUAAAAGAGAAUUAUUGUGUUAUUUGUAGUGCCAUUAUUGCUCAACCUAAAUAAUUAAUAAAUUAAGUUAAAAUUCUUGUUAUUUAAUAGAUUUCAAAAUAAAAAUAAAAACAAAACCAACCAAAGAUACCUACAACAAGUUUGCAAUAAAACUGGCAAUCGUAAAAAAUAAAAUAAUUGUGUAUGCAAAAGAGUGGCAGUUGAAAAAAAUAUAAAACAAUAAUGAUAACUAUGUCGAAUCCUUAUGAUAUGUAUCAACGCCAGCAACAGCAGCAGCAGCAACAACAACAUCAACAGCAAAGUCAUUCAACUUCUCCAACAUUAAUUAUAUCUUCUGAAUCUUUACCCAUUGGCGGUUGUUCAGGGGCUAGUUUCAGUGGUGCUGGAGGUGGAGGUGGCGGCAGUGGCAAUGGAAGUGGUGGAGAAUCUCCAAUUGGUGCUGGCAAAGAAACAAUUCAUUCUGGCCAAUUUAUGGUAUCGCAUUUUGAGGCCGAAGAAGCUCAAGAUGAUGAUGAUAGUGAAAUAAAAAUGCUCGAUCCAGAGGAUCCGACAUUAUCAAAACCGGAUGAACCAAGCGAAUGCACUCAAGUGCAACUUUAUGUACCGAUCAAGGUCAAGGAGCAUGGUUCAAUGAGUUUGAUUGCAUCGCAUUUAGAAAUAGAAACAUCUCUAACAAAACUCUUCAAGUGUAUGAAUUUAGCAUACAGUCAAAAACUAACAUCGCCAAAAUGGAAUCACUUCAAGGGAGUUCGAUUGCGGUGGAAAGACAAGAUACGGUUGAACAAUGUUAUUUGGAGAUGUUGGCAUAUGCAAUUUAUAUUAAAAAGAAAAACCCCAGUGUGCCAAUUUGCUUCACCCUUGGAUGCAGAUAUUCACAGCAAUCCACAGAGUGUUGUUCUUGAAGGAAAAUACUGGAAGAGGCAAUUAACUGUCAUCAAAGCAGAAUACAGGAAAUGGAGACGUAAUUUCAAGUCAAAUAAUUCUGGGUGUUUGAUUUACGACACGAAAAGUGAAUUAGAUCUUUUUGAAUGGUCCCCAAUGCUAACUGAAGACUGGACUACUGAUACAUUAUUUUCUGCUAUAAAUGUUCCAUUUCCCUUCCCAGAUCCACGAGAAAUAGCUAGAGGAGCAGGAAAUGCAGAUUUUAUACAGCCUAGCUUAGGACCAUUGCAGCCAAAUUUAGAUGACCUCGAUUUAACAUUUGAAGGUAGGCUACAUCCGCACUUAGCUGAUUUCAACGUUCAAACUAACAAGUUUUUGUUUGAAUCAGAACUUUUGCAGAAUACACGUCUUCCAUCUGUUCCCGAAGAGGGAAACGACGAUAUGUUAAAAGCUGUAGAAUACGCUGGCUUUUCAGCAAUCAUGGGUCCAGAUCAAAUGGAUUCUAGUGACAUGAUGGAUGUUACGAAUCAAAAUCAAUCAAUGUCCAAUGGAGACGACUCAGCCAUGAUGGAAUUGAAUACACCUUUAAAUAACAUGCAAUACUCUGAAUUAGAAAGACAAUUUCAAAAUAAUUUAGGCAGUCAAACUGAUCUAAGUAGCGCUAUUAUGACCCUGAAUAAUAAUAACAACAACAAUCAGCAACAACAACAACAACAACAGCAGCAGUCAGUGGAUUCAGAUUUUAAUACCUCUCCUAAGCGCCAAUCGAUUAAAACAUUUCCAAUUUCAAUGGAAAACUCCGGUAAUCAAAUGCAGGGAUUCUCAGCUAAAAGUGUUAUCAAAGGACGAGUUUCCAAAACUACACAACGACCAUUUAGACGAGAACCUCAUAAUUAUGAUAAAGCCCAACCAACCCUCCAUCAAACUGAGAUCUAUCAACAAAUGCUUGCCGAAAGUCAACAACAACAACAACAGCAUCUUCAACAAUCUUUAGCUCUUCAAAUUCAAGCACAACAACAACAACAACAAUCAGCAUCAAAUCAAUCUAAUAUGCAACAACUUUCACAGCAGCAGCAACAACAAUUCCCUACAGUUAUGUUAAACAACAAUAAUGGCAAUAAUUUUUCGAUGAAUCAAUCCCAAAACUUGCUCAAUAUACCUCAAAAUUCGAAUAUCAAAUCAUAUCCGGCAGUCGCGCAAAAGGCUAGCCUUUUGCCAAAUGUAAAAAUCGAACCUCCACCACAACCACCAUCAAAUACAGUUUUAUCAAUGUACACUUUAAAUACUAAUCCAACAGGUGAUUUAGGCUUCCAUCGUUCACUUGGCAAUCGCUCACAACAAAUAGCCCCACAGCCUAGUAUCUCAUUACCUUUACCAUCGUUUAAACCAUAUCCCAAUGUACAAAGUUUUCCUAAGUCGGCAUCAACUGGUAAUUAUAUAAAUGUUCGAGCUGCAAUGGGAGGAAAUGUACCUGGUUCCCAUAUGAAUACAAUGCUGCAGGAUCAUGUGCAACAACAGCAGCAUCAACAACAACAACAGCAGCAGCAUCAACAACAACAGCAGCAUCAACAACAACAACAGCAGCAACAACGUGUUCAACAACAACACCAACAACAGCAUAUUCAUUCUCAGUCCUUGCCGAUUCCUCUUCGUCAGCAUCAACUACUUUUACCCCUUAAUUCUUCUUCAUCAUCAUCUUCUAGUCAGCAGCAGCAACAGCAACAGCAGCAGCAGCAACAACAACACCAACAACAACACCAACAACAAGAACAACCGAUUCUUACUAAAGAAAUCUUCCGCUCCAAUAGUCUGCCUCUUAAUUCGUCACUGCAAAAGCUCGAAUCACGAAUUGAGCAUUUCGUUGUGCCCAAGUACCAAGCGAAGAGUAAUAAAUCUCGCUCUCGCAGCAACUCCAUACACCAUCAAAGUUCUCCAACUAUGAUCAGUGGUGGUGUAACAAGUGGAUCGAGUUUGCAAGUACCCCGGCUGCAAACGGCAACUAGUGAUCCAAUGUUGAAUUCAACGUUAGCACAGCUCCUAACAGCCCCUAGUCAACCACCGGCAAGCAGUUUAAGUUCGAGCAGUAGUUAUGUGCCAUCAGUAAGUGAUAUACGAGUGUCUUCCCAGCAACAACAACAACAUCAUCAGCAUGGAUUGCAUCAAUCAAUGCCCAAGCCUAUAUCUCCAAAGAAGUCAACUUCGUUACCUGUACCAGCACCAGCACUAAUGAUGCACAGUCCUCCCGGCAAUAAAAUGUUAAGUUUUCCACCACCCUCUGGUGGUCAUAUGUCCACGAGCAAUAUAAGUCUAUCACCGGAAUCGUUUCACGAUCAGGAUUCACCUCUAUCGCCAACACACACUCUCAAAUAUCCACGAGAGACACAGCGUCGUGCGGGUCAUAUUCAUGCCGAGCAAAAAAGAAGGUACAACAUCAAGAAUGGAUUCGAUAUGUUGCAUUCCUUGAUACCACAACUUCAACAGAAUCCUAAUGCAAAGCUAAGUAAGGCAGCCAUGUUACAAAAAGGUGCUGACUACAUUAAACAAUUACGUUCAGAACGAAAUAUACUCAAGGAGAAAAUGGAAUUGCUUCGCAAGGAACGAGAUAACUUAAACAGUUCAUUAUCACAUCUGCACUCCAUUUUACCUGCCAAUGGAGCACCAGUUACCCGCCAGCGAACUGAACAUGUUCGACAAUUGUACGAGCAUUAUGUCAAAUGUCGUACUAUGCAGAAUUGGAAGUUUUGGAUUCUUGGUCUAAUCUUAGAGCCAUUGUUAGCAUCUUAUACAACAUCUGUGUCAAGUGCUAGUGCCGAUGAACUCCAAAGGACAGUUUUCCUAUGGGUGGAUCAGCACUGUUCGCUAGUUGAUUUACGUCCAGCUGUUUCAAAUAAACUACGUUACUUAUCCACAACGACUGACAUUUUAUCUGAUCCGCCAUCAACACUACAAGAAGAGGUGUCGAAGGCUAUCAACAACACUCCAGGCCAACACCCUAACCUAACAGGCUCAUAGUCUAAACAAAAACAACAACAUUGCAACAAAAUCGGGAAUUUGUCAAAAAAUUAAACUUAUUAACAAAAAUGAAGGAAACAAAAUAAAAAUCAAAGUACAAUUAUUUAAACAUAAAUACACCUAUACCUAUAAACAAAAACAAAAAAAUAUAAUCUAUUGUUAAAGAAUCAAAUCAUAUAUAGUUUUAUAAAGAUUCUAGUUUUUUAUUUUGUCGUGUGCCUAAUUGAAAAUCAGAGAAAAGAAAUUUAUAUCUAUAUACAAAAUAAUAACUGUUUAUGAAUAACAAAAACCGAUUUUAUUAGCUAAGUAUAUUGAUUUGUUAGCUGUACAAAAUAUUUUUGUUUUAAAUGAUUGAUUUAAUUGUUUUAACUUUAUAUAUAUAUAUUUUUUUUUUGUUGAAUAGCGCAAUUUUACACUUUUUUAUUUGUUUUGCAAGAAUUUUAUGUUUAAUCCUUAACUUAAAAAGAAAACAGCAAGUUUUAUAAAAUAUGUGCCUUAUAAAUUUUCUUUUUUUUUUAAAUUGUUAAAUGUUUUUUUUUUUUUUAAUAUACUGCCGUUAUAUGAGAGUGCGGUAUUAGUGAACAAGAUUUAAUUUUGUGUUUGUUAAAAAAAAAACAAAGUCGAUAAAGCAGCGUUAUGUCGUUUAGCUGUGUUUUUUUUUUUAAUUUUUAUUUUAUUUUGAUAAAUAAAACCCCAAUAUGUAAUUUAAUAUGA